UCGUUGGUGUACAACGUUUACUGAUACACUUUUGCAAGCGGAACAUAUCACUGGACUACGUUUUUACUCAUGCUUGAAUGUGUUGGCCUUUUGCACUCGAAUUUAGAGAGCAACAUAGUCAGUGAACGUUUUACAGUUGUCUGCCCGGCCUUAGAAUCGUUACGUUGUGGAGACGGUGCUUGGCAUUCGUGCUAAGUAGAGGUGCCGGGUCAUUGAUCGAGGGUUGAAAGAUCAUUCGGUCAUAGGUGGGAAUUUAAGUCGAUCAGAAGUCUCAGUUAGACCGAACUAGGCAUGUUGGACGACACCCUGUCCGGGUUCCUGUACACGCUCGUGACGGGGGUGGCGCUCGUCACAUUCCUCGUGUCGUCAUUCCUACUGUACCACUGGCGCGCGGUGCAGAGGCGACGGCGGGAACUGGAGUAUCGAAAGUACUGGGAGGCGCUCAGACCAGAUCUGGCAGCCAGGCGCAAUGCCGGAUACAGAACCAGAUGUCACCCGGCGUUUCGUCCUGCCUUGCCUCUAGAUGCGCAGGCAAAGGAACUUCAGGUAGUCGUGAAGACAGGAAGCGGAAGUUUCCAUAUUGACACUGAGAGACCGGAAACUCCGUUUACCCAUCCAAGACCCGGACCCAUUAUGCAGUCCGGGUCAAGAGUUCCGUCGAUUACCGGAAGUGAAGCCGACCAAUACAAUAAAAGUAGUAACAAAACGCACUGCACGCGGUGUCACGCGUACUUGCAGACAGAAGACCCACCCAAUGACGUUAGCUUCCACGCACGUGAUACACCCAAUCCAAGCAUCGACAGCGAAGAUACAACUGAACAAGAAACAUCUAUAGACAGCAAUGAAAAACAAUAUGUCGCAUCUUCAAGGGUAGAUUUAAUUUCCGACGUCCAAUCGAAGAAGUCCAGGACCUUUUUAAAACAAAAAACAAGUGAUAGUCGCGUAAACCGUGCCGAAGUUCAUCAUGAAAAUAAAUUAUUUUCGCCUAGAAUUGAGUCACAGUCCUAUGAUGAUCUUUGUAACUCGUAUUACGAAGAACGUGGGGCCACGCCUCCUGGUCCCAGAAUGUCUUAUGGCGUCACGGGUGCACACCGGAUGCGGUCUUUCUCUGUCGAUACAGUGGGAAGCAGUCAUCAGCUUCCGGUGUUAGAAAAUGUGUACUACGACAACGAUUUUAGGCUUUAGGCUGUGAGUUACAACACACGAUAUAAAACAGGAGAAUAUGCAAAUAAUUUCAUAAUGGACGCGUACUGAAGCGAAAUAAAUACAUGUAUAUAUCUGUUUUUACAUUUUAGCUGCGGCCGGGGAUCUAGAUACCAUCGGUUUGAAAUGGAAUCUUGGUCAUCGGAAUCGGACAGGUUUAUUGCCCGCAAAUUAACCCUGAAAACUCGGAAAAAAACGAAAAUAACAACAUUGAUCAUCUUGAUGAAGCAAUCAAAUGCUCAUUUGGCGUAAGAUGUCAAACUAAAAUGUUGUAAACUAUAAUAUUUUAGUUUAUCCGUUAAUCAGUUUUUUAGUGAUUGUAUUUCCGAUUCAUUGCUAUUUUUUCUAUGUUUGAAAACGCCUUAAAUCACUUAUACAUCUUUAUUGACUGUAAACAUGUGUGUAUAUACAACUUUAAAAACCGAACUUGUACAUGUUCGUGUGCAUACAACUUAAAAAAGCGUUCACGUGCGUGUGUAUUCAAUUUUAGUACCGAACACCUACGUGUUUAUACAUCUUUAUUAACCGUACACCUACAUGUUCGUGUGUAAACAACUUUAAUAACAGUUCACGUACGUGUAUAUACAACUUUACUUACACCUACGUGUGUAUACAUCUUUAUUAACCGUACAUCUACGUGAGUAAAC